UUCACUUUGAAAGUAACUCAGCAGCAGCAAAGACAGGGCAGCACAUUUCCAUCCUCGAGAAGAAAACUGGAAGACUUUUCACAUAAAAGUUUGGGAGGAUGCCACAUCUUGUGUUUUCAAUCUUUGGACUGAAUCGUUCCACAGACAAGACACGGUUCCUCGCCAGCCUGGGACCUUCAUGUGUCAGAUAAUUCUGACAGUCCUGCAGACAUGGAGCGCGUGAGCAGGACUAAAGGGGAACAUGGACGACAGAUGCACCAGGUCUUACAGAACACUCCUUUAGACCUGAUUGAAACAGGCAAGUCUCUGAAAGUCCAGGCAGAGCGCCCCCACCUGGUUAGUUUGGGAAGUGGACGCCUGAGCACAGCCAUCACUUUACUGCCACUGCUGGAAGGGAAAACCACACUGGGCAGCGAGGGGACAGAUAUCCCCCUGCAGGGCCCCGGCAUCGCAGCUCACCACUGCUACAUCGACAACCAGGCAGGCAGCAUCACCUUGUACCCAUGUGGGAACCAGUGUUCUGUGGACGGCCUUCCCGUCACCAAGCCCUAUCGCCUUACACAAGGCUGCAUGCUGUGUUUUGGUCAGUCGGCCUUUUUCCGCUUCAACCAUCCAGAAGAAGCUCAGAGGAUGAAGAGCAUGCUGCCUGGAGGGAGCCACGGACUGAACGCCAUGAAAACUCUUCCUUCUGACCCCCGCAGUAUCCACAAUGGAAAUCAUGAGUCUUAUUUGAGCAACCAUGACUCCAAAAUCAACAGCAUGGCAAAAAACCUACAGGACUCCUUGGUGCUAAAGACUACAUCAUCAUCUUCAGAGUUUGGUAAACAGCCUGUUUCGCAACCAUGUCCUCCAGAAAUACUAAAUGGGAGAAACGGAUCCACAGCAGGAAACUCCAUUUACGAGAACAGCAGUAGCAGCUCCCUGGGCCCGAAACGUGGCAACAAAACUCCUCCGGUACCUGCCAGGUCCUUGCAUAGCAAUCACACCCCUGUCCCCCAUCCACGGAGCUCCCUCUCUGUGGCCUCGAGUGGUACCAGUGGAGGUCAGAGGGCUCAGGAGAGUCCAAAGCCUCUUAGGAGCAAAAGGGCGGAGGCCACAUCAAGUCCCACACCACAAAUCAGAGGGUCAGGACAGAGCACAGAAAACUCAACUCACAAACCGUCCUCCAUCAAGCUUUCCUCAACAGCUCCAUCCAGCCCUCGAUUAAAAGGCUCCUCCCUACAGAGGAGAUCCCACAGCCCCAUGCGGGAGCAUGGUCAGUUUCUCUCCCUUGUAGAGCCGAGUGGGUCCACCAGCCUGAGAGAACUCCCUCCUCUCAGCCCUUACAUGUCUGGCAGAGGGACUCCAGGACCACAGGGCUUGACUGUUAAACCCGUUCCAGAAAGCCCCCAGAGCCACCGCAAACUCACAGCUCCUUCAAAAGCAGAAGCCAUGAGGGCCCUGUAUGCACAGAGUCCAACACCACUGCCUGGGGUGGAGAAGGAGUCAGGAAACAGGCAGUUAAGGCCUGGCACAGGAGGACUGGGUUCUGUAUCAGGUUUGUCUCCUCUCGCUAGUCCUCGUAGCCAAAGAAAAACCUCCUGCAUGACUGUGAAAGGAUCCUCCAGCAAGGAACUGAAUCUCACGAAACCAUAUACCCGGGAACGCAAAAACAGCAUCUCUGAGAUUAGUGACAACGAGGACGAGUUGCUGGAAUACCACCGCUGGCAGAGAGAGGAGAGGCUACGAGAGCAGGAAAUGGAGAAACUGGAGCGACAGAGACUGGAGACCAUCCUGAGUCUGUGUGCAGACUAUAAUCCUGAGGACGGAGCUGCUGAGCUGGUGAGGAGUGGGUUGCUGGGAGCUGCUAGAGGAACCUGCUCGGACACAGGAGGGGGGAUGUCUCUACAGGGGAUAGAUAGAGUCCAGAAGCUGAGAGAGAAUGAAGAGGAAAUUCAGAGAGAGGAGUCGAGCAGCACAGAGAGCACACAUCAAGAGUGUGAAGAGCUGCUAGCUGGGCAGGAGCAGGCCUACCUGGAGGAGGAGAGGAACAGGAUCUUGGCCAGGGUUGAUGACUUGAAGCACAGAGUCAGUGAACUGGAGCAGCAGCUACAAGAGACCAAACAGGAGGUGGAGAUGGAGCAGGCCCUGCUGCAGGCGGAGAGGAGGGCCGAGCAGGAGCAGGUGGAGGCUGAAGGUGAAGUCAUCUCUCAGCUGCAGCUCAAACUCAGCCAGCUGGAUAAGGCCACCCAGAAAGAGAAAGACAAGGGGAGGGCUAAUGUGUCGGCUGAGCGGAAGGUCCUGGAAAAGCAGAGGAAUGAGUACAAUGAGCUGAAGAGGCAGUUUGAUAAGUGCCCCUUGUCUCUAAGGGAACAGUUACAGGAGCAGCUCAGCAGGAAAGCUGAGGCUCUGGAGUCUGGGACCAAGCAGUUUGAGGAGCUAGAGUUCUGUCAGCUGGAGGAGGAGAGCAGUCUGGAGGAGAAGAAGGAAGCUCAGAGCUCACAGCUCCUCCAAGAGCGAGCCGAGUAUCACUGCAGCGUGGCCAAGAGGAAGGAGAAGAUGGCCACACUGGAAGCUCAGGUGAAGCAGCUGGGAUUACAGGCAUCUCAAGACUGUGAGAGGAUGGUGAGGGACAGGACAGUGACGCUGCAGCUGCUACACAAGGAGCAAGACAGGUUGUGUGCCCUGGAGAAGAAGUACCAUAUCCUGACAGGAGGGCGGAGCUUUCCAAAGACCAGCAGCGGCAUGAAAGAGGAAUUGCUUCACAUCAGCGAACCUGACCUUGUUUAUGUGGAUGGUCCUCCUCAUAGCCCCCGUCCCUCCUCUGACUCCUUCUCCUCCUCCUCUCACAUCCCCUCCCCUGAACUCUAUCCUGUCAGGCCACAAGAGGAGUACCUCAGGCUGUCUGAUGUCUAUAGGAUGUAUGGGAAUGCUUCUAUGCAGCCUCACUCUUCCUCCCCCGCUGCUCUCCACUGCCUCUCCCUCACUGUAUCUCCAGGUCUGCCAUGUGAGGACUACAUCACAGUCAGCCAGUUAAGCCAGAUCUUUGGGAUGCAGAGAGUGGAUUCCUCCUCUUCCACCUCUCUUCCAUCAUUCCAACUUGCCUCCUCUGAAUCAGCCUUCUCGUACCACUCGACUGCAUGCGGUCCUUCCUCCUUUCUCUCUGCACAGAGUCAGACUGAGCUGAGCAGGAAUGCAUUGCCUCCUAUUAAUCUCGAGCGCUGGUACCAGGACAUCAUGGCUGCUGGAGAGCCUCAGCCAUGUCCUCCACCGCUGCCUGCAAAGUCUUUGUCCACACGCAGACAUGGGCAGCUGUUGAAGUCUAAAUCAGAUGGUGAGGUUGGUCAGGGAUCAUCAAGCAUCAGUGCUGCAGCCCUGUCACACUCCAGCGCUGUUUCCCUGGAGAAAAACGCAUCCAUCAAGGGUUUACAGUUACUGCUGAGAGAGAUGUCAAAUCCAUUAGACAUGGAAUCCAGGAGGCAGGCAGCUCUGCAGAGCAAAGAUCCGUCUCCCACAGUCCACCACUCUAUCUUGCAUCAUCAGUCGCCCCCAAGUGGCACCCAGGCGUAUGACACCCUGAGCCUGGAGAGCUCAGACAGCCUGGAGACCAGCGUCUCCACCGGCAACUCCGCCUGUACCCCAGAAAGUGCCUGCGGGCUGGAGGCCCAGAGGAUAGAGGAGAUGGAAAAGAUGUUGAAGGAAGCGCAGCAGGAGAAAGCCAGACUGAUAGAGAACCGAGAGAGGGAGGUGCAGGCUCGGCGGCAGAUGUUGGAGGAGGAGCGGAGGAGGCGAGAGGAGGCCGAGAGGAGGCUUCAGGACGAGACGGCCCACAGGCAGAGGCUGGUGGAGGAGGAGGUGAAGAUGAGAGAGAAACACUUCUCCCAGGCCCGUCCCAUGACUCGCUAUCUGCCCAACCGUAAGGAGGAGUUUGACCUGCGAGCCCACGUGGAGUCGUCCGGCCACAACAUCGACACCUGCCCCUUCGUCAUCCUCACAGAGAAAAUGUGCAAAGGCCACCUGGUGAAGAUGGGCGGGAAAAUCAAGUCGUGGAAGAAACGCUGGUUCGUUUUUGACCGUCUCAAGAGGAACUUCUGUUAUUACGUUGACAAGCAUGAGACCAAGCUGAAAGGGCUCAUUUACUUUCAGGCAAUUGAAGAGGUUUACUAUGAUCACCUGCGCAGCGCCGCCAAGAGCCCCAACCCAUCUUUGACCUUCUGUGUGAAAACUCACGACCGGCUUUACUACAUGGUGGCCCCGUCCCCGGAGGCCAUGAGGAUCUGGAUGGAUGUCAUAGUAACGGGUGCAGAGGGCUACACACAGUUUAUGAGCUGAGGGACCACUGAGAUCUGGAGGAUGACGGGGACUCGGCGAGCACCCAGACACCUGCACAGCCAACCUGAGCUGCUCGCUGCCUGCCAGAGCUGCAGUCAGCGGCCUGAUGGCGUGUAACGGAUGGACAUCUGAGGAGAUGCAUAAUCUGGGGCUCUCCUAAAAAAGCCCGAUGCCUUCGAGCAAAUGAGGGCUCAGUCGGGACAGAGGUGCAUUUCAAAGAAUUUCUGAGUUGUAUUUAUCUUUCAGCUGUGAGUAUGAAUAGGAAAAAAAAAUCAGCUUGAGCCGCCUGCCAGUGGAUUUAUGAAGGGAGCUCUCAACUGCAUCAAUCACAUUCUGUCACCAAAACAUACUGUUAAUAACUGCAAUAUGACUUUGGAGAUUUCAGGAGCAAUACGUUGAAAAUUUCUUACUUUCUAUAAGGUCAAACUGUUUACACCUCUGAAGCCGAUCUAUGCAUGCAGCGUUAUCGCUCUAACCUUUUUUGAUACAUUUCUACUUUGUGCUUCCAGUUUUUUCUCAGAUAAAAAAAAUAAUAUUUCAAAACACUAUGAAGUGAACAAAAUUCACAAGCAACUAUUCCUGACAUAUUUCUAAAGCAUUAUGUUAUGUACUGAGUUUUAUGUUAUUCGGUGCCAAAUACUUGUAAUAUUUUGUCAGAUUUUUAUAAUACAAAUAAUAUCAUUAUUCUACCAAGAGGUUUCUAUUCAGGCAAAUAACACAGCAUUAAUGUGUCUGUAUUUUCCAGAAAUAUGCCAGACAAAUUUAGCAUUUUAAUAAAAAUCCUAAAUUAUAGUCCUAUAAUGAUAUUCUAAAAAUACUAUGUACAUCUAAUAAAUAAAGCUAUAUGAUGCAUCA